GGCGGGUUCAUUCCUACAUUAAACCGGGGGAUGAGAUCACCCAAGCUGUCAUUUUAACGGCAUUAUUUUAUUAUUUUGUGGUUUUAGCUCAGACUUUUAAUAUUAUUUUAUCAACAUGAUCAAGAACGGUCACCACACAUCGAAUGAGCAGGGAAUAGAGAGCGGUGCUAAGCAGGGAGACUUGGCUUGCAGCCCAGAGAAGAGGAAGCGAUCUGUCCGGGUGUGGUGUGAUGGCUGUUAUGACAUGGUGCACUACGGCCACUCCAACCAGCUGAGACAGGCUAAGGCCAUGGGAGAUUACCUCAUCGUUGGAGUACAUACAGAUGAAGAGAUCUCGAAGCACAAGGGUCCUCCUGUCUUCACCCAGGCAGAGAGGUAUAAGAUGGUGCGGGCUAUCAAGUGGGUGGAUGAGAUCGUAGAGGGUGCUCCCUAUGUCACCACACUGGACACACUGGACAAAUACAACAGUGACUUCUGCGUCCACGGAGAUGACAUCACACUGACGGUGGACGGUAAGGACACGUAUGCGGAGGUGAAGAGAGAGGGCCGGUACCGGGAGUGUAGACGCACCCAGGGGGUCUCCACCACAGACCUGGUGGGCCGCAUGCUGCUCAUGACUAAAACCCACCACAGUAACAUCGACAACUCAGACUACCAACAGCACACGGACAACUUUGGGAAGGGUCCUAAGGGUCACAGUCCAUGGACAGGAGUGUCCCAGUUCCUCCAGACUUCCCAGAAGAUCAUCCAGUUUGCCUCAGGAAAGGAGGCCCAACCUGGGGACACCAUCAUCUACGUAGCCGGGGCCUUCGACCUCUUCCACAUUGGUCAUGUUGACUUCCUGGAGACGGUCUACAAACAGGCUGAGAGGCCUUACGUCAUCGUGGGACUGCACUUUGACCAGGAAGUGAAUCGCUACAAAGGGAAGAACUACCCAAUCAUGAACAUCCACGAGAGAACCCUGAGUGUCCUGGCCUGCAGGUAUGUAUCAGAGGUGGUGAUUGGGGCUCCCUACGCUGUGGGUAAAGAUCUGCUGGACCACUUCAAGGUGGACCUGGUGUGUCAUGGGAAGACAGAGGUGUUUCCUGACAGGGACACUGCAGACCCUUAUGCUGAGCCUAAGAAGAGAGGUAUCUUCCGUACAGUAGACAGUGGUAACGGUUUGACCACCGAUGACAUCGUACAGAGAAUCAUCAAGAACCGGCUGCUGUUUGAGGCAAGGAACCAGAAGAAGGAGGCCAAGGAGAUUGCGGUGUAUGAGGCGAUGAAAAGCCAGGCAGAGGGAGAGCAGGCCGGGGACACGGCCCAGGCAGCACAGUAACCAGAUCAAACUAGUUCAAACCAGACCCAGCUGUCCCAAAACUGAUCCUAACCCCGAGUUUCUCAAACUAGAGAAACUCUGAAAUAACUUGUUUUUUAAAACUGCGUUUGGUUCAUAGAACUGGGGUUAAGUCAGUAACCUCCGGUAGCUGCUAGAUGCCGUUGUCAUAGUGACAGCGGUUUUGGUUUUCUUUCUUCCUGAACGGUUUAAUCCACGGUUUCCCUCCUCAAUACCCAGAAGCCUCAGAACAGAGUGGACAAGACCGGGCACUAAAAUCAGACUGGAGGGAAAAUAACAAUCACUGGUGUUAUUUUCUACUCAGCAGAUCAAACUAAAUGAUUGGCUGAGGAUCUUCUGAACUUCCCAAUACCUUUCUGAUGCAUUUGUCACUUCAAACAAUCCUUCAUAUUGAAACACUGUCAAAUGUACUGUCAACUGAUUUGUAAUAGUCGGUUAUAGUCCCAGUUUAAGAACCAAACAUUGGCUGUUGAUUUCAUCACCUUUUUUUUUUAAAUGACGAAAUGGGGUCACGGAACAAAAAGUUUGGGAACCCCUGUCCUAACCAGCUCUAAAUGGUUCAAACACGACCCGAACCGGGUCAGACUGAACCGAGCCAGCCCAAACCAGUCUAGACCUACUACUUGUACUGUAUACACAUCCUUUAGUGAAGCAUUGCCUGCUAGCCCGUCCUAGACCGGCUUUACCCCCCCAGUCCACAACGGGACAAACUCAUUCCACCGACGGCCGAGUGUCUGCGGGUUUUCACUCCCUUGUACUUGAUUGAUGAAUUAAGGUCAGUAAUUAGUAAGGAACUCCCCUCACCUGGUUGUCUAGGUCUUAACUGAAAGGAAAAACCAGCGGACAGUAGGCCCUCCAUGAAAUGAGUUUCCACCUGACCCAAACCGGAUCAGACCAGAUCAAACUGCAGAAACAGACUUUAACCAAGACUCAAACCAAGACACCUCCUCUCCUUCACCAGCUAAGGAGAACACAAAAAUAACCCUCUUCCCUCUGUCAGUGGAGGCUGCUGAGGGGAGGAUGGCCCAUAAUAACGUCUGGAGUGGAAUAUCUGGAAUGGACUGUGUUAAAUCUUAUCCCACUUUCAGGCAGAAAGAAAGGAGAGGAGAGGACAGGAGAGGAGAGGAAAGGAAGAGAAUCCAAAGUGUGACUGUUGAAAAAGAGAACAUUGAGAGACUUGUGAAGAAGAGAGGAAAGUCUAUGUAGUUGUGUGUGUACUGUAUAUUUAGUAGUGCCUUCUAGUCUGAUCUACCAAAUGGCAUACUAUUCCCUAUGGAUCCUGGUCAAACGGCCGCUGACCCCAGCCCUGCGCUUACAGCCGCUGACCCCAGCCCUGCGCUUACAGCCGCUGACCCCAGAACACAUACAUGCCAGAGUUGGCGUAGCUGCUCCGCCUGAAGUGUCCCCACUUGCGCUGUCGAAUAACUGGCUGUUCUGUGGCGUGACCGGUACGACUCUCCAGGUGGCCUGUCACGGGUGUUUUGAGGCAGAGGUCUUGGGUUCGCGCCUCGCUAGGAGCUGGCUCAGGAGGAAGGUGGUGCUCUUUAAGCAAGCAGUAUGACCUCCUUCACAUCGCUAUGGGUCGGAGUCCUGUCCACUAUCUCUUCAAUACAUUUAACUAGUGUACGAUAUAGGGAGUCAUUUCAGAUGCAGCCCUCUGUCUUGUAUGUAACAUGAUGAUUCAGCCCUCUGUCUUGUAUGUAACAUGAUGAUUCAGCCCUCUGUCUUGUAUGUAACAUGAUGAUUCAGCCCUCUGUCUUGUAUGUAACAUGAUGAUUCAGCCCUCUGUCUUGUAUGUAACAUGAUGAUUCAGCCCUCUGUCUUGUAUGUAACAUGAUGAUUCAGCCCUCUGUCUUGUAUGUAACAUGAUGAUUCAGCCCUCUGUCUUGUAUGUAACAUGAUGAUUCAGCCCUCUGUCUUGUAUGUAACAUGAUGAUGUAGCCCUCUGUCUUGUAUGUAACAUGAUGUUUCAGGACUCUGUCAAUGUUUUCUUGUUUUUAAUGUGUUGGUAUGUGGAUAAUUAAUUUAAAACAUUUUUUAGAGUAAUGGACAAUGAAUGGGGAGUCAACUGUGUGUGUGUGUGUGUGUGUGUGUGUGUGAGAGAGAGAGACUGUUUUAAAGGGAGUGUGUGUGAAUGAGAGAUGAAUACCAAAACAAAUGGGCAUGUAUAUUGUGUGGCUCCACCCCUCUAAAGUUGCUCUGUAAAUCUGUCCAUUCAUUGUCUGGUAAUGACAAGAAAAUACAAAAGACUGUACCCAUUA